UAAUCGAAUAAAUCUCUCGAUUUAUCACAGUGAAAAAAAAAGAGUGAGAGGAAAUUACUUUUUCCUAUUAACAAUUCUCACCGAGUUAAUGAUCUCAAAAUAACGUUUCGAUGUAAUCACAAAUUAUGUUUGUAUGUAUGUAUGUAGAUUGUAAUUUUGGAUUUGAUCGAAGACGAACGUUGAGACGUCUAACGAGGGAGGGUUGAAGAGUCAAUAAGAGCGACGGAAAAAAAAACGAGCACAUAUCGAGUCGAACUAACGUCGUGUAAUAACGAAAGAAAUAGAAAGAGACAGAGAGUGUGUGUAUGUGUAUGUAUGUGUGCGUGUGUGUAUGUGUGUCUUAAAGGAUAUCUCAGUAAACAGAAAAAGUUUACGAAAAGGAUAGAACGACAAGACACGCGACGGAGUAUUAUCUCUACUUUCUUUGACGGCAGAGACACGUGAUUAAAAUCGUCGUCUUUAGAUAUUCGUUGAUAAACUUCUUAUACGAUGUUCUUCAAACUCAUUCUUAUGAUCGUAAUUUUAUUAGUGAAGCUCGAUCACGGUUAUAGAAUUUUCAAUGGGAUGGAAAAAAGUGCAAGAAAAUUUUGGAUCGACGCUAUAUGUCAUACGAGAGUGACAAAAUAUCUCUAUCUAUAUGGGAUAUUAACGAACGAAUCACAUUAUCUCGAAAAUUUUUUCAAUGGUCUUGUACGUGAUAUGAAUCAAGAACAAUGCGAAAUUACGAUAUUUCUAAAGAAAUACGUGAUGGAUCGAACACAGAUAAAAAAGAAAUGCGACAAUAAAGUCGAUCGUCGAUCCUCCGAUGAAAUAUCUUCGAAGGAUUUAUUAAAAAUUACCAAGUUAAAAGUUCUCAAUGAUUUGAGUGAUAAUAUAAAAAGAAGAAAAGAAGAGGAUGACGGAAGAAAAAGAGAGAAUUCAGAAGGAAGAUUAACAAGUAAUUUCGACAUAUGGUCGUUGCACGUGAUACUGAUAAAAGACGAACGUUCGUUGGAGCGAAUUUUGAAGGAAGAUGAGUCAGCUAACUGGAUGUCACGGAAAGAGGUAAACUCGAGUCUAUUAACGUCGUCUCAAAGGAGGACAUAUUUCAACGUUUGUCGACGUUAAAUCAUCGUCGUACGAACAAUAUGUACGGUUACAAAUUAAACGUAGGUCUAUUUCAACAAUAUCAAACUUUAAUGAAAAUGAGAGAUAAACCAUCCCCGGGUUCCAUUUAUAAAUAUUCCGCUGGAUAUAAUGGGUCGGAUGCCAUUAUACUUGGUACAAUUGCUAAGUACAUGAACUUCACCGUUAACGAGAUCAAUCCGAGGGAUCAAAUUAAAUUCGGAUACGAAUUAUCGAAUGGCACUUACGUUGGAACCUUAGGUGACAUUGUCUAUGGUAGAGUGGACGCAACUUUUGCCUCUUUCUUCAUUAAAACUUAUGGGAAAAGUAAUAAUAAUUUUGAAUUUACCAGUCAGAUGGAAUAUGACAGCAUCUGCGUGAUCGUACCUAAGGCACGCAAAAUACCGAAGUGGCUUCGAAUACAUUACAUGUUUGAACCGUCUAUCUGGAUAUGCACGAUAAUUUCGCCAAUUAUGAUCUACCUGAUGUGCUACGUAUUACUGUUAUUUACGAGGCAAAGAACAAAAAUUUACGAUCACGUAAAUCUCGCCUACAAAGUAUUUCUAUUUGCCGUUGGAUAUCCAAAUAAAUUGCCAUGUUCUUAUUUAGAAAGAAUACUUUUGUCGACUCUUUCCAUAACGAACAUCACUAUGGCAGGACUAUUCGGAGGAUUAUUAUAUAAAAGUUUUUCCAACGACAUGUAUUACAAGGACAUUGAUUUAUUAACAGAAUUGGAUGCUUCGGAAUUACCAAUUGUAUUUAUAAAAUACAAUUUAAAUGAUGUCUUUGAUGACGAAUCUGCGACAUCGUUGGUACUAAAUAAUUUAAGAAGAAAAUUGAAACACGGCGUGCAAGCGGUACGCGACGUCACAUAUUUUAGAAAUGCAAGUGGAUUGAUCAGGAAGAAACAUUAUUAUCUGUUAAAAAAUAGUAUAGUCAAUGAUGAUCUAUCGCCAAAAUUACAUCUUGUUAAAGAGUGUCCACGUAAUUACUACUUAGCAUAUCCCAUACCGAGGAACUCGUAUUUGCUCGAAAAGUUCAAUCUCCUGAUUGGCAGAUUAAAUCAGGGAGGCUUAUUGACAUUGUGGAGUAAUCGUACUAUCAUGAAUUUGAUUAACAGAAGAAGAGGAACACCGAAAAGACAGGCUCAUGCGGGAGACAAAUUUGUCCCGUUCAAUUUGGAAGACAUGCAGACGUCAUUCUAUUUGCUAAUAAUUGGUCUAUUAAUUUCGUCUAUCGUCUUUUGCGAUGAGAAGGGAUGGCUAAGAAGACACGUGAAAAAAAGAAGAAAGAAAAUUUAUCCAAACGAAGAGGAUACAUCUAAAGGGGAAAAAUAAAUAAAAGAAAAAAAAGAAAAACACCCGAGAAAAAUGUUCUUUUCUUUUUUUCAAACAUAAUUACGAAAUACGAGAUCUCUUAUUAGACCUGUUAAAUUUAUCGAUCAAAUCUACAACGAUUAUUUCUAAAUUUCUAACAAUAUAUAUUUAUAAAAUAUUUAUAAAAUAAUUACGAUAUAUAAGUAUAUAUCAUUUCAAUAACAGUUCAGGAACAGGGUGAAUAAUAUCGUAAUACAAUCGUAUCGUAAUUUUGAAAUUAUUCGUGUAUAACUUGAAGCGAUUUCUGUAUUCGACGUAAAUGUCAUAACUUUAUUUAUGAUGUCGUUUGUAUAUAUGUAAAUGAUAAAUCAAACGAAUAAUAUUCCGCUGAAUUUAA